CACCCAGCUGGUCAAUAAAAUAAUAAAAAAUAUUCUCAGUCUAUAUGGUGGACUUGGCACAAAUACGUAUGAGUCUAUGACCCUUUGCUUUCACUGCAAGCAGAUGAAGCCGUAUGGUUUUAUCCACAAAUUUGCUCAGAAUACCAGCAUUUUUGGUUGUUCUUCAUGUUGGCUCGAGUUGUGUUCCCUCCAUAUACUAUGAACCGUUGCUUGAAGUGAGUAUUUGAUGAGAAACAUUUCCGUAAGAGGAUAACUCGAAACAGAGACUAUGGUCAUUAUAUCUCUCCAAUAUAUAAUAUUUUAUUAUAAUUAUUUAUAGUUUUCUAUUUUGAUAUAUUUGAGAUAGAGAUGAUAUUUUAAAAAAUUGAUGAAUUCCGAAAAUUUUAGAUUUCUAUGUUUACACUUUCAAAAAUUAUGAAAUUUUUAAUAGUGUUUAUAGCUUUUGAAACUUAAUAAAGAUUCUUACAAUUUUUUUUUUGCUAAAAUUUGGAAAAUACAAUAAGAUGUUUUAGUGAAAAAAAUUUCGUCCUAAACAAAACUUUGAUUUCCUGCUGCAUUUCUUGCUUGCAUGUAUACAAGAAACUAGUGUUAGAGUAAUCUAAACGUGUUUAAGGGAACAAACGCAACUGGAAUGUUCCGAGUCUUGAGGGACGAACUCGUUUAAAGAAUUGAAGAAGAAAGAAAAUAGUAAAAGCUUUGCUAGAGGCAAAAACAAUAAACACAAUUCAAAAAGAGGUCUUUGGACGGUGCCUACCAACACAAGACCAAAACGUGCCGUAACUAGAUUCGCUGGAGCGUAGCACGUGAGCCGACCAAAAGCAUGCGAACUUAAGCCGAGAAAUCUAAAUUCCUUUUGCCUUCGUCACUUGGUGCUUUUGUCCACAGGAUCACAAAAAGUGUCCUGUACUUUCCAAAAGAGAAUGAAAAAGGAAUCCCAUCCUUCCUUCCUUUGUGAAAUGUCUUUUUAUAGUAAUGUUUAUUCACUAACUUCUAGUAUUUCUUAUACAACUUACAAGAACUACUCACAUUGUUAUCUUAUACGAUGAACAAUAUACUGUAGCUAUGUGUAAAUGACUUCAAUAUUUUGUAUAAUUAACUUUCAUUUGCGUUAAACUCUUUUCCCUUUACUCGUCUUGGUAUAUGAUUCAUAGAUUGUAUUUCUACCGAAAACCAGUUCUACAUGAUUUAUAUAAAAAAAUGUAUUUAACUUCUACAACAAUUACUUUGUUAGGGAAAAUAUUUGGUGUUAGUUUCUAAUAAGUGCUUAUGGUAGAUAUAUCUUGUAUAAUUGAUGUCACAUGAAUCCUCUAAAUGUGAUUAACUUAACAUUUUGUAUAACCGAAAACAUGAAAAUAUUCCAAGUUUUCUAUUUCCAAGACAAACUAAAUAAUUAAUAAUACAGGAUUUGUAAAAAGAGUGUUGAAUAGUCAAAAGUGAACCAAAGCAAAUCAUCUGUUGAUUUGGCCAUUGAAUGUGGACCGCUUAUGCUCUUUGAAGAAAUUUUCCUAGGACAUCCAAUUAGAGACAGUGACAUCCAUAGACACGCACUAUUUUCUAAGUCUAUGAUCACUGCCUGAAAAACUAGUGCAUUACACUGAACAUAUGUAUAUAUUGUCUUACAUUUAGUUCCCCAUAACAUUUUAUUUAACCUUUUCCUUGCAUACGGUUUGGAAAAAAACAUUCCGCAUGCUGACAUAGCUUCUUAGUUGUUGUCCAUGUUCGCUACACAUACAUAUACAGGAAUUACUUGAUCGUUGACCUUGAAACAAUACAUAAGAUGAAAGUGAAACCAUUGUGGCACAAACAUUUGAUUGGAACCACAUAUAGUUCUUAUAUACCCACCCAUUAAUUCUUAAUCAUUUAAUGGUUAACUUGUGUUGACUAUACAUUUACUUAUUUGCUUAUCAUCUUCUGGUUGCACCUUUACUUCUCAAUGAGUCAUUUCUACCGUACACACAAAUACAAAUUAUUACUAAUCCUUUAACUAUUCGGUGUUAGAAAAAAAACUUUUAACUAUUCUAUAUAUGAUGCUGAAAAAAACAAAAUCCAUAGGUCAUGGUGAAUAACAAAAAAAAAAAACAAUAUCUAAUACAUAUGUCUUGGUGAAAAACAAAAGUAACACCUUGCAAAACAACAUUUGAUCAAACAGUAUAACUUGGGAUCACAUUGCUAAAAUACUACAUCAGCUGUCCUAUAAAGUACCAUGGCCUUGUACUCUUGAACCACUAACUCGAUCUUAUAUUUCAUAAUAAAAAGAAAAAUCAUAUAGAGGAGGAGGAUACAUAGAGAAAUGAACAAAAUGCACCACCCCGACCACACCACUCCACCCACCAUUUAAAAAUUAAAAAGGACAAGAGGAAAGAAUCAAAUCAGGACCCACAUGAUAUGGCACUAAACGUAACUUUAACGAAAAUCCAAACACUCUUAUAUAUAUACAAAUCUCCAAGCAAACAACAGAAAACACAAAAGAAACAAACUAAAAGCAAGAAAGACGAAGAAGAACAAGAAGAUGGGGAACUGUUUAGUAAUGGAGAAGAAAGUGAUAAAGAUAGUGAGAAACGAUGGGAAGGUACUUGAAUAUAGAGAACCCACAACUGUUCGUCACAUCCUUACGCAAUUCUCUGGUCACUCUCUCUUUGACAACAACAGUACUUGUCAUCUUCUUCCCGAUGCUAAGCUUUUCUCUGGUCGUCUCUACUAUCUUGUUCCUACAACAAUGAAAAAGAAAAAGACCAAAAAAGUAACGUUUGCGGAUCCUGAGGUGGAAGAAGACGCAAGAGUACUAAGAGAAGAAGUUUUUGACACUUGUGAAAGCAAUAUCGAUGGUGGUGACAAUAAGAACGCGAGUAUUAUGAGAAUGAAGAUCGUUGUGAGUAAACAAGAGCUGGAGAAGCUGCUCCAAGGAGGGUCGGUUCAUGAAAUGGUAUACCAAACUCUUGAGAAGCAAACUUUGCUUUCUGAUGAUGAUAAUCUUGAAUGUAAUACAGGUUGGAGACCUAUGUUAGAUAGCAUACCUGAAAUCUGAAUACUCGUACAAGAAUAGAACAGAUAGAUCAUAGAUAAUAUAUACAAAACAGUCUUGAGUUUGUUCAAUGACAGUUGUUUUUGAGGUUUUGUUGUAUAUAACCUUUGAAGCUAUGUUAUCAAUAACCAAUAUUAUAU